AUGAACUUCUUCAACCGAAACCGCCAACGCUCUCCAGUAGACUCAGUUAGAGUCCUGAAAGACUAUAUCCAACGGUUAGAUGCGGGAUCUGUUGAUCAACGCAAGAAGGUCAGUCUCGAUGUUCCAGCUCGCGCUGCCACUGUUGAGCACUCUUGGAAUACAACGGAAGAGUGCUCUCGCUUAAUAGGCACUAUCAAGGCGUGCCUCUGUGGAGAAGGCGAUGGCGACCACUCGCCAGAGACUGUUACACUGGUUGCGAACGAGAUCUACAACCAGGACUUGCUGUCUCUGUUUGUCGCCCGUCUGCCAAAGCUGGAGUUUGAGAUCAGCGUCGGUAGCUUCCAGUGCAGCAUUCACCUCGACAUCGCUUCCGCCGAGAUGCACGGAACUAUCAGAGAGACGGCCGCUAACUCUUAUCAGGCGCGCAAGGAUGUCGGCCACAUCUACAACACGCUCCUCCGUCGAUCUAUCGGUUCACGCUUGCCAACGGUAGAGUUGAUCGUGAACAAGCCGGAGAUCAUCUUCGCAACGCUUCGAGGGUAUGCCGACGCCGAGGUCGCCCUCAACACGGGAAUGAUUCUGAAGGAGAUGCUCCGUUAUGAGCCGCUGGCCAAGAUCCUGCUCUACUCGGACCAUACAUCGAGGACACAACAUUUGGCAUCUCGUGAGACACUCACGAGACACAAGCCCAUGGUCGCGGCGUACCUUGACCACAACUACGACCGAUUCUUCAACAUGUACAACACGCUCAUCGUGUCAAACAACUACGUGACGAAACGUCAAUCGCUGAAGCUCCUGGGCGAGAUUCUCCUGGACCGCGCAAACUACACGAUAAUGACGCGGUACAUUGCGUCGGAGGCUAAUCUGAAGUUGAUGAUGAACUUCUUGCGCGAUCGCAGUCGGAACAUUCAGUUCGAGGCGUUCCACGUUUUCAAGGUCUUCGUGGCGAACCCUAACAAGCCACCUGAAAUCGCGAGGAUCCUGCGCCGCAACAAGGACCGACUCCUUGUGUUCUUGAAGGACUUCCACAAUGACAAGGACGAUGACCAGUUCAACGACGAGAAGCAGUUCUUGAUCGCGCAGAUCGAACGUCUUUAA